UCUGAGCUGCUCGAGGUUAUUGAAAGGCGCACAGGGCUGGAGAGAGCUGUCCAGGCUGAACGGACACAUCCCAGGCUACACAUAAACACCCUCCAUGCUGACACUGGACUAAGGAAACAUCCACAGGGGAAGGGCGCUGGCUGCAAGCAAGGUAAUUCUCCAGCUGACCCUGUGUUUGGGGAAAACAUUCCAGUUGUGAAAAGCAUCAUGGCUGAGCCAGACUAUAUCGAAUCCGAUAGUGCAGAUUUAAUAAAACCCCACAAGCUGGUGAAUCCAGUGAAGACUUCCAGAAACCAUCAGGAUCUUCAUCGAGAAUUAUUAAUGAACCAAAAAAGAGGCCUUUCACCCCAGAACAAGCCCGAAUUACAAAAAGUGAUGGAAAAGAGAAAACGGGAUCAAGUUAUCAAACAGCAAAAGGAAGAAGCUGAACAAAAAAAGACAGACUUUGAGAUAGAGCUUGAGAAGAGACAUCAAAGACUUGAGGAGAUGGAAGAGGAAAAACAUAAGAAUGAGGAAGAACAGGAAAACAAGCCGGAGUUUCUCAAAGUCAAAGGCAACCUCAGGAGAAUGAAUCAGGAAAUAUCCAGUGCCAACAAUUCAUAGACACCAGCAUGUCAAGGGCAUUGUUAUUUGCCGUAGAAAGAUAUUUUUACUGGGCUGGAGAUGAACAUUUUGUUGGAGAUUUGCCUUAAUGGACAAUUCAGGUUGAAUUUUCACCAUCGAUGCAAUUAAGGCCUGAUACAGCAGAGGCAUCUUGCAAGAGCCAAGAUAAGACUGUUAAAUGACAGUAUCUGGAUUUAGCGCUGUAUGCUGACAAAGUGGCCUUUCUGUUUUGUUUGUUUUGGGGGUUGACACAUAUGUUGGUUAGGUGCUGCAUUGAUGCCAUGCAGGUCCUGUGCACCCCCUAUUUGUUUUUAAGCUAUUUUGCAGGGUAAUAUGAUAUUAGACUGAAUUCAAAUAGUUGCUAUUUUAUUUUAUGUUCAUUGGGAAGACGCAAGAGUUCUCUGGUCUCUUUUUUGCGCACCCUUCCCCGACUGAAGUGCUGGAAUAUGAAACUAGGAUUUAGGUAGUUCUGCUACACUGGUUUUGUGCUGGAGGCGUAUGCGUGAUGGACUGAUAAUUUCAUAGGACUAGUGAUACAGUAUGUCUGAACUGCAAAUAUAGCUGCCCAGCAAGGU